AUGCGAAAUCGAAUGGUACAACAUCUUGAACAAAUCCAACAAUCAAAACAGUCAAAAAAUCGUAAAUCUCUUUUAUCACUAGCUGAAAAAGUACCAAAAAGUCGUCUUAAUCAAGAAUACCAAGCAUUAAUGAGUGAAGCAAAUAUCACUUAUGCUCAUGGUAAUAUUCAAAAGGCAAUAAGAAUAUGUCAAGAACUGAUUACAAAGGUUCCAAAAACUGCUGAGCCUUAUUUAACAAUUGCAAGAAUUUGUGAAGAUCAAAAUGAUCAUAAUAGAGCAUUUGAAGUUCAAAUGGUUGAUGAAUGUCAACAACGUAAAGCUGAUGAUUUAAUAACCGCUUGUUAUAAUAAUAGUAAGUAUUAUUUUUCAUUUCGUAUAUCAGCAAUGAAAUCUAUGGCAGUUGAGUAACUAGCAAAGAUAAGAGAUACACAUUUAGGCUUCUGUAAUGUUAUCCAAAUGAUCGCCUUCUUUGUCAAAAAAUGUGUUAGUGGAAGAGCUCUAGAUAAAAUUAGAUAUGUCAAAAUAAAUGAAUAGAAAUCUUACAAUUUUUCUCUAUCAUCAGAAGAAAAGUAUUGAAUUGCGAAUAAUACGGUUUUUUAAAUUUUUCAUUGAAAUUAAGUUGUACUAUAAUAAAAAGACAACAGGUGAUUCUAUUCAAAUAGAAGCAUAUAAAUAAGUUUAUCAUAAAUACCUAAACAAUCAUAUCUUUCGAAUGAAUUUUGAUUAUUUGAUCUAUCAUGAUGAUUUUAUUUUGUGCAGACAUGUCAUAAUAUCCAUCAGCUGGAUAUCCGCGAGUUACUAGUCACAAUAUCCAUUGAAAUGGAUACCCAAAAAAAUUGGAUACCCUAUCUUUAAAAAGUGAGAAUUUUUAGUGAGUUUGAAGUAACU